AUGGUUAAAAGGGCCUGGUUCCGCUAUGGAGGUGCCGAGCUGUUGGGUCGCUGGAGGUGGGUGAUCGACGACAAUAUGGAGUUGACCCCACCACCAUGCGAUGUGCCUGGAAUAGAGAACAGUUUGUUCAAUGGUAGUAAUGUUGGUGUGAAGAAUAGUGAGCUGCAAAUCCUCAAGUGCAGCUAUGGUCUUAAUAAGCUGUCCCGGCCUUCUUCUCGACAAAAUCUUAAUCAAAGCAUCGAAACCCAAUACCUUAACCUCCACAUCAGCCAAGCACGACUUGCUCUCGGCUGUCUCAGUCUCGAAACAUUAACGAAGGUUGAACCUGCUGAGGCUGCUGCACAGAUGAUGGGUCGUUGA